AAACUCUCUUGUCAUCUCUUCAGCGCUUUGCUCCUCCUCUCCUUUUUUUCCCCUCCUCGCCGGAAAAGCAGUCAAUUUUUUCCGGCGAUCGGGAUUAAUUAUACUCACUGGAGAGAUAAUUCUUUCAUUCUCAGAAUGUCAACAACUCCAUUUUUAUCCGUUAAGUACCCAAAACCUUUUCUUUCUAUCCCCAAUUCAAUUUUACAGAGUAAGACUACUUUUUUUAUAAGGUAUCCAGUUCUAAAAGGGUUUAAUGGUGGCGCUGUUGCAUGUUCGACUUCGUCUCCGUUAACUGGGAGAGUGGGUUUGCACAGACGGGAAGGCAACUUGUCGUUACUGUCGUUUGGUGCUAAUCCGAAGAGCUUUUAUGUAGCAGAAGAUGAAGAAAAGGUGGAUUAUUCACAAGCACUUUCUGCAUUGCUUCCUUUUGUUGUGGCCCUUACUGCUGUUGCUGCUCUUUCUCACCCUUCAACUUUCACAUGGGUGUCUAAAGAAUUGUAUGCUCCUGCACUUGGAGGAAUCAUGUUAUCAAUUGGUAUUAGACUUUCUAUUGAUGAUUUUGCUCUUGCGAUUAAAAGACCUUUGCCCUUAUCAGUUGGAUUCGUUGCUCAAUAUGUCCUGAAGCCAGCUCUUGGCUUGCUGGUAGCACAGGCAUUUGGGAUGCCUCCAAUGUUCUACGCUGGUUUUGUCCUUAUGUCUUGUGUUGCAGGGGCACAAUUAUCAAGUUAUGCCAGCUUCUUGAGCAAAAGUGAUGUGGCAUUCAGUAUUCUCUUGACCAGUUCAAGUACCAUUGCUUCAGUUCUUGUUACUCCACUUUUAACUGGCCUUCUUAUUGGUUCAGUCGUUCCAGUUGAUGCAGUUGCAAUGGCAAAGUCAAUCUUGCAGGUCGUUCUUCUCCCCGUCGCUCUUGGCUUAGUGCUGAACACCUAUGCAAAACCAGUGGUAUCUGUUAUUCAACCUGUGAUGCCAUUUGUUGCCAUGAUUUGUACUUCACUGUGUAUUGGCAGCCCUCUUGCAAUCAAUCGCGCUCAGAUUCUUUCUGCUGAGGGUGCAAAAUUGAUCGCUCCAGUACUGACGUUUCAUGCAAUGGCAUUUGCAGUGGGUUAUUGGCUCUCGAAACUUCCAAUUCUGAGGUUUGAAGAAGAAGUGUGCAGGACGAUUUCUUUAUGCACAGGAAUGCAGAGUUCUACACUGGCGGGGCUACUUGCAACUCAAUUCCUUGGAAGCAGUCAAGCUGUACCACCUGCAUGUUCUGUUGUUGCAAUGGCUAUAAUGGGCCUUUGUCUUGCCUCAUUCUGGGGCAGUGGAUACCGGAUCAGGGACAUUCCAUCCAUUCUGUUUCCACCAACUGCUUCGCCUAUCAAGCCUUCACCAUAAGCUAGAGAUUGGUAUAUAGAGAGUAGGAUACUUAGUAGAAAGGUAGAUGUCCUUUCAGGAUUAGGCAAAUUAACUUAAAUGCAGUAGAAUGGUUAAAUGAGAUGGGGGCAUAUAAUAUAUAUACUACAAUGACCUUCGAAAGUAUGUAUGAAAGCUGAUAAAGAGGUAGAUGAGAUAGUAUUGUAACUGGUAAAAUGAAGGG